AUGUCGAGAGAGAUACUUCACUAUCGUGGAUCCUCUGGGGAGCCUCAACAACCUCAUGAUGCUGAACAGGCAGAGAAGAGUCUCUCCAGAUCAGAACACCUCAAUAAACACCUGCAGAGAUCCACAGGGAAGAGAACUCACUACUGCUCUGACUGUGGGAAGAGAUUCACCUCAUCAGGCAUAAAAAUUCAUCAGAGAACACACACCGGAGAGAAACCUUUUUGCUGUGUUCAAUGUGGGAAGAGUUUUGGUCAAUCUGGCCAUCUGACAGUGCACCAGAGAACACACACAGGAGAGAAACCUUAUAGUUGUGGUCAAUGUAGGAAGAGUUUUUCAACAUCUGGCUCUCUGACGCUGCACCAGAAAACACACACAGGAGAGAAACCUUAUAGCUGUGGUCAAUGUGGGAAGAGUUUUGGUAGAUCUUGCUAUCUGACUCAACACCAAAAGACACACACAGGAGAAAAACCUUAUAGCUGUGGUCAAUGUGGGAAGAGUUUUGGUCAAUCUUGCCAUCUGACUCAACACCAGAAGACACACACAGGAGAGAAAUCUUAUAGUUGUGGUCAAUGUGGGAUGAGUUUUCUUCGAUCUGGAGAGUUGACAGUGCACCAGAGAAUACACACAGGAGAGAAACCUUAUAGCUGUGAUCAAUGUGGGAAGAGUUUUGCUGCAUCUAGAACUCUGACUCAACACCAGAGAACACACACAGGAGAGAAACCUUAUAGCUGUGGUCAAUGUGGGAAGAGAUGUUCGACAUCUGGCCAUCUGACUGUACACCAGAGAAUACACACAGGAGAGAAACCUUAUAGCUGUGAUCAAUGUGGGAAGAGAUGUUCAACAUCUGGCCAUCUGACUGUACACCAGAGAACACACACAGGAGAGAAACCUUACAGCUGUGAUCAAUGUGGGAAGAGUUUUGGUCAAUCUGGAGAGCUGACAGUGCACCAGAGAACACACACAGGAGAGAGACCUUAUAGCUGUCAUCAAUGUGGGAAGAGUUUUGCUGCUUCGAGAACUCUGACUCAACACCAGAGAUUACACACAGGAGAGAAAUCUUAUAGAUGUGGUCAAUGUGGGAAGAAAUGUACAACAUCUGGCUCUCUGACUGUACACCAGAGAACACACACAGGAGAGAAUCCUUAUAGCUGUGAUCUUUGUGGGAAGAAAUGUACUACAUCUGGCUCUCUGACUGUACACCAGAGAACACACACAGGAGAGAAUCCUUAUAGCUGUGAUCAAUGUGGGAAGAAAUGUACUACAUCUGGCUCUCUGACUGUACACCAGAGAACACACACAGGAGAGAAACCUUAUAGCUGUGAUCAAUGUGGGAAGAGUUUUACUACAUCUGGCAAUCUGACUGUACACCAGAGAACACACACAGGAGAGAAACCGUACAGCUGUGGUCAAUGUGGAAAGAGUUUUGCUCUAUCUAAAACUUUGACUCAACACCAGAGAAUACACACAGGAGAGAAAUCUUAUAGCUGUGAUACAUGUGAGAAGACUUUUGGUCAAUCUUGCCAUCUGGUAUCACACCAGAGAACACACACAGGAGAGAAACCUUAUAGCUGUGGUCAAUGUGGGAAGAGUUUUGGUCAAUCUUGCCAUCUGGUAUCACACCAGAGAACACACACAGGAGAGAAACCUUAUGGCUGUGCUCAAUGUGGGAAGAGUUUUACUACAUCUGGCUCGCUGACUCUACACCAGAGAACGCACACAGGAGUAAAAUCUCAUAGCUGUGAUCAGUGUGACAAGAGAUACUCUGAUAAAAGAUCUCUGAUCAAACAUCACAAAAUACAUACAUGAAGGAGUUUUUUCAUGAUAUCAAUGAAUUAAUGUCACAUAGUAGAAUGUUUUUAACAUUGUAGUAGAGGAGUAUUUUAAGGAAUUUCACAAUAUAGAACCCUAAACAUUUGCCCCAUUUAAUUGAUUUCAGCCUUGGAUUUCAGCCAAAAUCCAGGCUCUUGAAAGUGUACUAUUUUAUGUGAUUUAACAAAAAAGUUACUAACACAAAAAGAGCUGUGUUAUCAAAAUGUGGCGAGCUGUUUUCUACAAAUUGUCCUCUAAACAGUGAUGUACACAUUAUUCCCAGAUUCCGUGUGGUUUUUGAGCUGUUAGUUUUAACAAGGCGUGCAACCUCAUCUCCCUCCUCUCGGCACAAUUGAUUUCAACAUGAUAUCGAUGAGUGAUGACAAAUAAGUGUUGUGUUCCUUUGUUUAGCGACCCCUAAAUUGAAAUGACUGACUGUCUUCUGCAGGUUGUCCUCUAUCCCGUGAGGUAAAAGAUAUCUCCCAUUUCCAUGUGUUUUUUUUUUGUUGUGUCAGUUUCAACAGCACGUAUAACCUGAUUUCCCCUCUAAUCGAUAUCAGUGAUUUAUUGCUACUUGUCAAAACAACAGCGUUUCUGGUGCUUGUGCAGUUUAUAAGGUGCUUGUUUUAAAAAUUACAAGUAACAUGAUUAUUGUGGCAGAUGUUUGUGUAAAUAGCACAUUUUAUGUUUAGGUUUUCAAUUUAUCCCUAACUGUUUCUGCAUAUUGGUUAUUGAUUUGGACACGUUAAAACUGUGUUUUGACAUUGGGGCUAUCCCACCUAGCGAAAUGUCAUUGAAAAUAAGACUAUGCAACUAAAUAUUUCAUAUUUACAUUUCAUGUAACAUUUAGUAAUCAUAAACAUGUAACCAACUGACAAUUUUUGGUACAAUUAUAUUGACCCACUUUUAGAAUAUCAGGGUUAAUUCUCAGAUGUGCCAACUCAAAUGUACUAGAGCAUGACAUUGGGGACUGGGCCCCGAUCCAACAACAUGCCUAUCUAGUGAACCCUGAAAAGAGAGAGAAGCUCCGCGGUGAGGUGGAAAGUUAUUACGGAUAUUGCAGGAGUUUCCUCUUGAAAUCAGACAUGUCCGUGGUAAGGACAACUUGAAUGCUGAUUGUCUCAAAGGUGGGCAGUCAAAAAUAUUUGUGUUUUGCGUUUAGCCAGUGCGUUGUCAUGGAUCACAAUUUAUUUUGACUGCAUGUUUUUUUGUAUUGGGAAUGAGUUUUGUUUGGGCUCGUUCCAAGGGGAUGAGAGUUCUAGAAGCUAGUGAGUUUUAGGAAGACGAGAGUUCUAGAAGCUAGUGGGAAAACAAUAGUUUCCCCCCCCCCCUAUUUUUAAUUGUUGACAGUAGACACCAUGUUUAUAUUGGUAAAGGUGAAUCAUUGUAGUUGAUUAUAAUGUGAAAUGGAAGUUGUUUUCUGUUGGUGGUGAGCAAACUUAUCCAACAAAAAUAUAGGAUAUAUUUGUUGUCUUAAGGGGGAAGGUGUUACAGGCUUUUGUUUUUCCAUUUAUGUUUUGAGGUUGGACUUUCGCCUGUGUAGCUUGUUAGCACCGAUUGGUGUCACCUCAUUAGUCAAUAUGUGUUACACCUGUCCAUCUCGUUAGUGGGAAGGUGUUUCACCUGAGCUGUUCCAGGUUCUAUUUAAGAGUGUCUGGCCCAGUGCUCCAGUUGUCUUGAUAAAUGUGGAGAGUCAACACCUUUUAGUUGUUCCACCUUUUUGGUUUGCUUCCCGUCUUUAAGUUUGGUGUUGGUGUUUCUUUUGUUUUCCUCUUCUUGGCAAGAUUUAGUGGGUCUCGUGGUGGGUGUCUUUUAUGUCCCAGUUGUUGUUACUAGUCAACUUCCAGUGGACACCCCCAUAGUGUCUUUCAGAGCUCCUCCUAAAACAUGUUUAGUUGUUUUUAGUUGCCUCUUCUGUUUGAGGGACAUUUUUGGUUUUCUUGCUGGAGAAUGUAACAUUAAACAUUGGAGAAAGACCAGAUGUUUUGGGUUGAAUAUUGCAGUGAAUUGUUAAUAUUUUAAUUGAUGAAUGCUCAUUAGUAUUCAGUUUAGUUUUCAAUUAUUCUGUUUUUUGAUCCUCUUAUGAUUGUUUUAAAUAUUUGUUUAUUUUCAUUGUUUUUCCUGUGAAGCCAUUGUGUUGCAUCCAUGUCUGAAAUAUGCUGUAUAAAUAAAGCUUGAUUUGAUUUGAACAUUUUA